UGGACUGCCCCGCCUUCUUCCUCUGUCGCGCAUGCGCCGCAGCUCCGCGUGGACGCGCUCUUUCUGACCCGGUGCGGGCGGCAUGUGGCCGCUUCUCGCGCUGCUCCUGAGGCAGUUGCUGGCCGCGGGGCUGGAGCCGCCUGCGGGGAACGCGUCCGGCCUGCCGUGCAGCCCCCGCGGGGAGCGGUGCUGGAGCCCCGGGCACGUCCGCAGCCUGCCCCCGGAGCGGUUCUGCGAUGGCCGCCCGGACUGCCCGGACCGCGCGGAUGAAUCAGCCGAGGCGUGUCAGCACCCGGGAGCCCCGCCGGCGCCCGCCUGCCCCUGCCUGUUCCAGUGCGCGGAGGGGGCCGAGUGCUUCCCAGCCUCCUGGGGCUGUGACGGCCACGCGGACUGUGAGGACGGGCAGGACGAGCGGGAGUGCGGCCCCGACUCCCCUGGCACUUCCCCAGCGCCGAGCACUGCCCGGACAGAGAAUCCAGCGAUCUCCAAACCUGGGAAACCUGUGUUGUCUGAGAUGCGAGGCCCCGUGUGGGUGACAGCUGCUUUUGUGCUCCUGAGUGUGCUGGUGGCUGCAGGCUGCACUGUUAGAUGGGGCCAGUUCAGAGGAAAGAACAACUUCUCCACCUUCAGCCUCGAGAAAGCUUCCAAGGAGCAGCUAGUGCCGGACAGGAGACCUUCGGACUCGUUCCCUUGAUGGGAAGUUGCAGUGCUGUGAGAUGGGACCCAAUGCGGUGGUCCUCAUCACACUCCCUCCAAAUGCUGAUUGCACAAUUUCUGGGACAAGUUUUCUGGGGUUUGACUGGGUGACAAUCACACUGGAAUAAUCAAGGACUCUUCCUUUGGCACAGGGAGUUUAGAUUGUGGGAUUAUAGUGGCAAUGGGGAAUCAGAAAUGAUUGUCACUCGUGCUCUAAAAUCAACCCUACAAGAAUGUGAUGGAAACGCUUGGAAUGUCACAACGGGUCAUCCAUUUCCCCCAUUGUAGACACCUCUCCGCCCCUCCCCUCCCCCCCCCCCCCCCGGGUUAUUCCACAAGUCACUUCUUGCUGGAAUAGCUCUGGCCAGUGCACUAUGUAGCCUCUGCAGUACGUUAGGCUGCUCUCCCUUCCAUGUCCUCCCAAGAGUCCAUUGAAAACUACCUCUCCCUACCAUGCUGUAUCUUGCCUGUAAGCACAGCUGUUUGCUCCUGUUCCAGGGCAGGCCGUUCCAUUCUGCACACCUGUGAAGGGCCGAGCUCAGAGUGACAUGGGUAUAUAAUCUAUAUCCCCGAGGAUACUGCUCAUAUUUCUAAGCCAUGAGCUCAAACGUCACGUACCAGAAGCUCUUAAAACUUCAUUGACUGCAGGAGAACUGUCAAGGAGAUGGAAAAAUGGAGUCUCCUGUGUGCUUCGCUUUGCAUUGGGUCACGGGCAGUGCAGCGGCCCCUAGGCACAGCACAGGCCAUUCAGGACCUGAGUGCCCUCAACUCCCAGUGCACUCAAUGUAGGAGGUGCACUAAGCUCCUUGCAGGAUUGGGCCCAGAGUUUCCACUUUGACACUGAAAUCCCUGGACGUUGCAUGCUCUGUGCAGUCAGAAGAGUUUGUUAGCAGAUGUUUUAAGUUUUGACAAACAUCUGGAGCCAGCUUUGCUCUUCUUUGCUUUUACCUGUGAGUAGUCUUGGUCUCAAAGGUCAGCUAGUAGCCGUGCCUCCAUUUCAGAUCUUGGUCGGUACAACAUUUUUUCAUGGACUGUUAUUAAAGAAGUGUAAAGCACUGGACCUGUUUCCUCUACAGUACUAGUGUAGAAACCUGGUGCUGGUGGAGGGCGAGCAGUGUCUUGUCCCUUUAAUCCAUUUUUGACAUUCAAGACCUAUUCUAUUUUUUGCACAGAUGCUUGCUCAAUACACGCACAGAUGGUAGAAGCUUGCUGCCCUGUUGGCUGAAUGUGGUGCCUUACAGGUGAUGCUUCUGCUUGCAGGCAUACACUCCACCCAGCAGCCUCAGAGGGCAGGACUCCCUGGGGGUUUGUAUAGUGGGUACAUGUGCAUACGUAAUAUGAGAGAGUUUGUAAGAGGUACGACAUAUUUAAAUCUUGGCUCUUCCCAGCACUGGAAUAGAGCACUAGCGCGAGGCUGAACCCCUGAGGGCUCUGUGCUGCAUUCUGGACAAUGGACAAAGAACCACCGUUGGCAAUUGGGUGGGUGCUGAAUGACCAUGGGCGAAUUAAAGAUCUUUAGAAAACUUUUGGUGGCUUCCUGGAUUUUGUUUUAAGGGUCAUUUCCAUUAUUAUGAUUGAUUCAGUCCCUGCUCAGCAUUAAGACAGACAAGUGUAUGGACAGAAACAUUCCAAUACCAAACGCAGAGGAUGGUUGAGUUCGAAGUGCAGCACAAUGCUUUUUUAGCAGGGGGUGUGACAAUGUCACUUACUUUGGAGCGUUAACCUUGAUAGCUGCUCAGGAGACUGGAGUUAAGGAAGGAUUUAGCUAGAGGCUGACAGAAGUAAGUUCUGUAUGCAAGUCCCAACAUGGAAAAAAGCACAAAGCCAAGAAUGAGCAAGAGAAAUACAGGGAGCACAGAGGCUUGACUGAAGCAAAGGGAGCAAAACAAGGAAUGGGGAGAUGCAGCUGGAGCUUUGGGCAGAGGCACAAUUGUGCAUGGCUGUAAUCCUGGUGAAGAGCAGCUCAAACUUAAAGAAUGAGGCAAGAGGGGGCUGCUCAGUAGCCAGUGAAGGGGCUUUUGCCUGCUGGUGGGGAGUGAGACGUGAAUUGGGUGUGGUAGAGAGGAGGAGGUUGCAGUCAGUGAGACCUAGGCCUGUGAGAAUGCUUUACUAUAGCAAAGGAAAAGCAGGGUGGUAUUUUGGGGGAUGUGGAGAAACUUCAAGUGCAGGCAGGAGUUGGUAACUGACUGGAUACAUCAGGGAU